AUGAAAGGCAAGGAUCCUUCCGUUAUCCGCUCCAUAGUCCAGCGUGUGCUGUCCGCCUCGGUGACAGUGGACAAGGAGGUCAUCUCCUUCAUUGGCAAAGGCGUUUUGGUGCUCGCUGCCGUUGCCCCCGGUGACACGGAGAAGGAAGCAGAAGCUCUUGCAACCAAGGUGCUGAAGCUCAAGAUGUGGGAUGACGACGCCGGCGGCAGAUGGAAGAAGAACGUCCAGGACAUUUCCGGGGAAGUUCUCUGCGUGUCUCAAUUCACACUAUUCGCUAAGAUUAGUAAGAACAAACCUGACUUCCGCCUGUCAGCAGGCGCCGAGGACGCCAAGCGGCUGUAUCACCACUUCUUGCAGAAGGUCCAGGCUGGUUACGCCGCAGACAAGGUCAAAGAUGGGAGAUUUCAGGCAAUGAUGGAGGUCGCUCUCGUCAAUGAUGGCCCCGUAACCCUGGAGCUCAACACAGACCCUGCGCCGCCGAAGCAGUGA